GAAUUUGAAAAUAAAUAACAGUCAAUAUUGUGUACACAUUUUGCCGCAUACGUAUUAUUGUAAUUUUAAGAAUAAAUAGUGAAUUAAACGGGUUUUAACCUUAUCUCUACGAAUCUGGUAUUAAAUAAACAGAUUAUGAGAAUUAAUAAAUGAUCAAAAAUGAUCAAAGAUUUUGUUAUUCCUAUAAACAAAGAUGAACUUCUACAGACUCAAAAUGGGAAAUAUCAUGUUGAAAAGAUUAUCCCAAUACGAGUUAUUCCACAAGCUCUUGAUGAGGCCAGAUUAGCAUUUCAAACAAAUGGAAUUGAUUUUAUUAUAGAACACUUUGAUACGUUUUUCUCUGUAAUUGUCCAUGGAAAUAAAAUUGAAUUACCAAUCAUUAUACGUGCUUUUGAUAGAAUUUUUAAAGUAAUGGAAACUCUGGUUACAAACAUGGAAAACAUAUUUGACAAACGAACUGAAUUGAGCGAGGAAGAAAGAGUAAGAUUCCUAAACAUAACUAAAAUGAUUGCAUAUUUAUAUGCAUUAUUGAUUUGCCAAAUAGAGGAUGAAAUUCUUAAAGAUGGAAGUGAUAAACUUUCUGGAAAGCGUAAGAAAAGUACAAGAUCAGAAAUUGAAGAAGAUUGGGAGGACAAUAGAGAAAAAGCAUUAGAAUAUAUAUAUAGAUUAUUACAAUUACCAUUACAAAGACUUUGGCAACCUCCGAUUGUUGAAGACAUAUUUAUUACAGUACUCACUAGAGUGUGCUACAAAUUGUUAGAACAAUGUAGAGAUUCUAGACAAAAAAGUCAAAGACAAACUAUUUUUGAGAUUUUAGGUACUUCAGUCAAGCGCUACAAUCAUGGUAUAAGCUGUGUAGUCAGAAUUAUUCAGCUGGUGAAAUUGCAUGAUAUAUUAGCAUCACAUAUAGGAAUCGGAGUUGUGCACAUGGUUGAUAGCUGUGGUUGUAAUGGUUUAAUAAGGGAAAUAAUGAAAGAAAUUGAUCAAAGUGAACCAUCUGAAAGCGACAGUCGUAAUAUAUCAUCAUUUCUAGAAAGCAUUGCUACAACCAAACCAAAUCUUAUAAUUCCUAUCCUUGAUGACAUGAUGGAUUAUUUAGCCAGUGAACAUUACACUAUGAGAAAUUGUAUUAUCAACAUCUUAGGAGUAGUUAUAGAAAAAUUGUUAACUGGAGAUGAGCUUACUCAAGAACAGAAAAAACAACGUGAUGAAUGUCUUAAUAAUUUAGAAGAGCAUAUUCUGGAUAAUCAUGCUUAUGUAAGGUCAAAGGUUUUACAUGUUUGGCAACAUUUAUGUUGUGAAGGAGCAAUUCCUUUAGCAAGACAAGGAAAGAUUUUAGCUGCUGCAACAUUACGAUUAGAAGAUAAAAGUACAAACGUACGGAAACAAGCAUUACAAUUAAUACGUGCUUUAGUUCAGGGCAAUCCUUUUGCAGCUAAGUUAAACAAAGUCGAAAUUUCCAAAUCAUUAGAAAAAGAAGAAAUAAAUUUGAGAAAAUUACAAGCUGAAAGCGUUAGUAAGAGUACUCGUGGUGAUAGUGAAAGAUUAGAAUUAUGGAAUGCUUUACUUCCAAAAAUAAGAGAAGCGCUGAAAGAAGUUAUUAAGGACACGGAAAAGAAGGAGAAAAAACGAAAGAAUGAAGACGAAGAAAAUAUUGAUCCCGAUACUGCAUUUGAACACGUAAGACAAUUGAUGCUAAAAGAACAAAUUUUGGAAGCAGUAUCAUUUUUGUGGAAAGCUUGCAUUCAUUUAAAACAAAGUCCAGAAAUUGAGAACUUUUCUCCCGAUGCAAAAGAAGAAUGUUUAUUUUUGCUUUUAUUGAAAACAUUUAUGGAAUCAGAAAACAGUCCAAACAAUGGACAAGAAAAUACUAAUAACAAAGAAUCGGUUGAUACCGGCAAAGAGAAAGAAGAAAUAGUAGCAGCAAAACGAGUUGUAAAUUAUUUGAAAAAUUGCUUAGAAUUCGCAGCUGAACUAGAAAUUGCUAUACCUGUAGCAGAAAAAUUACUUUUUUCUACAACAGCAAGCGAUGCUGUUGAAGCGUGUACUUUGCUUGGAACUGCUUAUCAGUUUGGUGUAGCAGGAGCUGCAUCUGCUAUACGUGAUGCUCUAUUUCAAGUACUUCAUCGUGAUCAGUCAGUACGCAAUAAUAUUGCAGUAGUAUAUAAAAAUAUUUAUUUAAAUAACGCAAAUGAAAAAUCAGAGCGGCAAAAAGCGCUCGCAUGCGUUAAAGCAUUGAUUAAAUUAUUGAAAGAACUUCAACCAGGUCAAAGCGUGGCUUUAACUCAGCUUAUUUUAACGUGGUACAAUAAUAACGAUAUAAACAGUGAAGUUUUACAGAUUUUAUGGGAAAAAUUUUCAAUGAAAUCUGGAGACAUAGAUGCAAUAGAUAGUAGAGCAGCCUUAAUGUUAAUAACAAUGAUUGCUCAAGCUGAAAGUAAUAUUAUAACAGGAAAUUUAGAAGUACUGAUAAAAGUAGGAUUAGGGCCACGUGCAAAAACUGACCUUUUAUUAGCUAGAGACACAUGCAGAGCAUUGUUAAAAAUAAAACACAAAACUGAUGAUAUUGAAAAACCUCCCGUCAGAUACCCAAAUGAUCACGAAAUAUUUACAGAAGUCCUUACACUUUUAAUAGAAAAUUUUGCUAAUAUGGAAGAAGACGGAUAUAUAUCUUUCGCGACAGAUGCGAUUAGUAUUAUUUAUCACUUGGCCGAUCAGCCUGAACAUUUAAUAAAGAAAUUAUUAUUAGAAGUGUAUAAACGAGGACAAUUUGACGAUAAUUCCUCUCAACAGAAUGUUCCAAUUUUUUUGUUAUCCAAAUUGUUAUAUUUGGUUGGGCACAUUGCAAUCAGAACAAUGGUACACUUAGACACAUCAGUUUAUAAAGAGUUAAGACGAAGAAAUAUUAUACGAAAAUUAAGAAAAGAAAAGAAUCCAGGUAAAAGAGGAAGAGCAUCCGAUAGAUCUCGAACGCCAAAUGGGGUUACUCCAGUCAGUGCAAGACAAACAAUUCGUAAUAAAGAGUCAAGCAUCGUUGAAGAUAACGGAGAAGAAGCUGUUGAAGGAGCCGUGGAAGAUGCAGAUGCAGAAUUUAUAAACGAUGUUCUCGAAAAUCAUGUUAUAACCGGAGAUGGAAUGUUAUCAAAAUUUGUGCCAUUAGUGUUAGACGUAUGUAGAUAUCCUGAUAAAUAUAAUAGCGAGGAUAUACAAGCUGCUGGUGCUCUUGCUCUUAGCAAAAUGAUGACAGUGAGUUCCAUUUUUUGUGAAGAAUCAUUACAACUAUUAAUUACCAUCUUAGAACGUUCACCCUAUCCUGCUAUUCGAGCUAAUGUUCUUAUUGGAAUAAGUGACCUUACAACCAGAUUUCCAAAUCAAAUUUUACCAUGGAUGAAACAUAUUUAUGCCAGACUUCGUGAUGAACAUGUGACCGUACGAAGAACUUGUGUAAGGAUUUUAUCAAGUUUGAUAAUGAGGGAAAUGGUGCGUGUAAGAGGUCAAAUCUCAGAGUUAGCUGUUUGCAUUGUUGAUGAAGACACGCAAAUUCGGCAAGAUGUGAGACAAUUCUUCAAAGCACUUUCACAGAAAGAUAAUGCUUUAUAUAACGUAAUGCCCGAUAUAUUGUCGCAUUUAACUGAUUCUGAAUUAAAUUUGAGCGAGUCCGAUUUCCAGGAAAUUUUGAAGUACAUUUUAAAUCUAUUGCAAAAGGAAAAACAAGUCGAUUCUAUAAUUGAUAAAAUCUGUGCAAGAUUUAAACUAGCUACUACGGAAAGACAAUGGCGCGACUUUGCAUACUGUCUUUCAUUGUUACAAUUUAGCCCAAAAAGUUUACGUCGACUCAUUGAAAGUUUACCUCUGCUGAAGGAAAAAAUUCAUCACAAACAUGUUCUGAAAGCACUGCAAUCGAUCAUAGAACAGACAAAGAAAAAGCCAAACACGAAACCGGUUUGUAUGGAACUCGAAGAAAAAGUAAACGAACUUUUAAAGGGAACAGAAAAUACACAACCUAAUGAUAAUGAAAUAAUGCCACCGCCACAAUCAAUACCGAAAUCAAAAAAACGUGUUAGACGUACAGUGAGACGGAAAAGUAGUAGUGACGAAGAAGAAGACGAUGACAAUGACGACGAUAAUGAUGACGAUAACGAUGAUGUCAACAGUAAUGUAGAUACAUCUGAGACAAAAACAAAAGGCCUUAGAAAGGUAAAGCCAUCCGAGCGUAAAUCGGAUUCUGAUUUAAAUAUUAAUGAUACGUCAAUGGAACUUACUGAAAGAUUAUCUAACGCAAACACACCUGCAUCAAGCACAAGAAGAAGCAGAAAGAAACGUACUGAUUCAGCUCCUGCAAUUCCAUCACCGAUUACGAAGAAAAAUAAACCAGCUGCAACAUCAAGCAGUCUUCCAAAAAGAUCUUCAGCACGAUUAUCACAUUUACAAGCAAAAUAGUCAAAUUUGUAAGUAUACAUAAUAGUAUGACUAGUGUACAAUUUUGUAUUUUUUUACGAAUUAGAUUAAUACUGCAAGGUAAAGUAAUAAAAGAAUUUAAAUAUAAAACAGUAAACAUGAAAAAUAUAUUCUUUACCAUAUCAAAUUAUAAAUUAUAAUUUUAAUAAAAUUUUAAUUCUAUUCAGUAAGCUAGUAGCGAUAUGUUUAACUUACUAAAUUACAUUUAACUGCUAAUUUUUAUUGUAACAUAUACUUAUAAAGUUUUUUAAAAGGUGGUUUUCAAAAGUAUUUAUUCAAAUGAGAAUUAUAAAUACGAAAAGUAACAUUCGAAUAACUGAUGAUACUAUAUCACAAUAUAGUAAUAAUUAUAUAUAUCACAUUUAAAAAAUUAAGCAGA